AUGAAUAAUCAGAUGAAGGCAGCACUUGGAAAUAACACUCAUGUGUCUGUGUUUCACAUCCUGGGAUUUUCAGGAAGUCCAUUACUAGAACUGCUGUUUUUUAUUCUCUGCUUGACCAUCUAUACCAUGACCCUGCUCGGAAAUGGCCUCAUUGUUUUCCUCACACUGUCCAACCCAGCCCUUCAGACACCCAUGUAUUUCUUCCUUCGGAACCUUUCUUUCAUGGAACUUUGCUAUAGCUCCAUCACCAUGCCCAGGAUAUUGACGAGUUAUGUCACUGGGAACAAUAAGAUCUCCUUUACUGGUUGUGCGGUCCAGAUGUGUUUUUUCCUGCUUCUGGGCUGUGCAGAGUGUUACAUCCUAGGUGCUAUGGCCUAUGAUCGCUAUGUGGCCGUGUGUCACCCUCUGAGGUACAUGGCCAUCAUGGACAAAUGUUCGUGUACCCUGCUGGUUGUUGGAUCUUGGAUGAGUGGCUUUCCAGUUUCCUCUGUUCAGACCACAUUGACCUUUUCUUCUCCAUUCUGUGGACCUAAUGAAAUCAAUCACUUCUUCUGUGAUAUUCCCCCUGUGCUGAGGCUGGUUUGUGCUGACACUUCCCAGAUAGAAAUGGCUAUGUUGAUUAUCACUGUGGUCAUCAUCAUUGCUCCAUUCAUGCUAAUCCUCAUUUCAUAUGCUCAUAUCAUUGCUGCUGUGGUGAGGAUGAGCUCAUCUGAAAGCAGGCAGAAGGCUAUCUCCACAUGCUCUUCCCACCUUCUGGUGGUGACUCUGUUCUAUGGCUCUGCCAUGACAGUGUAUCUGUGCCCCCAAUCCAGUGGCAGUUCAGAGAAUGAUAAAGUUCUAUCCCUUUUCUACACAAUGGUUACCCCCAUGGUGAAUCCCAUGAUAUACUGCCUAAGAAACAAGGAAGUGAAAGCUGCCCUGUGGAAGACAGUAGGUUUCCAAUUAUAG